AUGACGGAAGGUUGGUAGUUCCGUAGUAUUUCCGAAAAUGAAACUCAUUGUAGCCCUUGUUCUUCUGGCGGGAGCCGCGAGCAGCAAGACGAUUGUGCGUCGCGAGGCGGCCGGCAAGAUCCGAGGCUGUUAUCUGACGAACUGGGCACAAUAUCGUCCCGAGCCCGGGAAGUGGAGCAUCGACAAGUAUGAGCCGGGCGUUUGUACGCACAUUUGGUACGCGUUCGCCAAAGCGGAUGCGGCUGGAACCAUCUCGCCCACGGAGCCAAGCGACUUGACCAAAGGUUACAAGGACUUGCAGGCGUUGAAGCAGAAGGACCCCGGAUUGAAGACGAUCCUUUCGUUUGGCGGCGCUUCCUUCGGCGAUUUCCCAACGAUUGCGGCUAGCGACGCGUCCCGUCAGCUGUUCGCGAAGAACGCCGUCGAGUUCGCGAAGAAAAACGGCUUUGAUGGAGUCGACAUUGACUGGGAGUUCCCGACCGCCGGCCAAAAGGACUUGUUCACCCAACUGAUCAAGGCUGUGAAGCAAGCCGCUGGCGGACUCUUGGUUACCGCUGCUGUCAGUCCGAAUGCUGACAAUGCGCAGCAAAUCUAUGACUUUGCCGGCCUCAAGGACUCGUUGGACUUGUUGAACAUCAUGGCCUACGAUUUCCAUGGAUCUUGGGAUAAGGUUACCGCGCAGAACGCGCCACUGUAUGGAGAGGGAAAAUUCACCGUGGACUACUUGACUCAGUUCUAUAAGAAGGUAGGAGCUUAAAAAUUGACGACGUUAAGUAGAAGUUAAAUUACUUUACUCCUUCAUCCUUCAGAACUUCCCCGCCGCCAAGAUCCUCCUCGGAAUCCCCACCUACGGCCGCGGCUGGACCUUGGCCUCAAGCGCCCCGAACCAAGGCCCCGGCUCACCAGCUCCAUCCCCAUCUCCAGCUCUGGCCGCCACCCAAACCCAAGGAGUCCUGGCCUACUACGAGGUGUGCCAAGUGCUCCAGCAAGGAGGAAAGGAGGCCUGGGACGACAAAACCAAAACCCCCUAUGCGCAGCAGGGCAACGUAUGGUACAACUACGAUGAUGAGAAAUCGGUGGGGUUGAAGGCCACCUACGCCAAGACCAAUGGAUUGGCCGGAGUUUUUGUGUGGACUCUUGAUUUCGACGACUUUGAGAACGUGUGCAAGAAGGAGAAGUUCCCAUUGUUGAAGGCCAUCAAGAAGGCGUUGGCCUAA